CUUGAUCUUUCUGAUACAAAUUCUUUUGUCCCAAAGUGGAUAUUUGGACUGAGGAAACUUGUUUCUCUUCAAUUAAGAGAAAAUAACAUUCAAGGUCCGAUUCCUGAUGGUAUUCAAAACCUCACACUUCUUCAAAAUCUUGACUUGUCUAUAAAUUCAUUCUCGUCUUCUAUACCUGAUUGGUUAUACGUUCUUCAUCAUCUCAAGUUCUUGAACCUAGGAUCGAAUGACUUGUGUGGGUCCAUUUCUGUUGCCCUGGGAAAUUUGAGUUCUCUAGUUGUUCUUGAUUUGUCAGGUAAUCAACUUGAAGGCAAAAUUCCAACUUCUUUGAGUAAUCUUUGCAAUUUAAGGGAGAUAGGUUUCUCAGGUUCGAAACUCAACCAAGAGAAGUUUCAGGUUGUCAAUCUCUCCAAAAAUCAAUUGGAUGGAAAUCCAUUUGGAAUUCUUAGAUCCUUCUCUGAAUUGUUCCAACUUUUAAUUGAUGGCAAUCUAUUUCAAGGAGUUGUCAAGGAAGAUGACUUUGCAAAUCUUACAAGUUUAGAACAGGUUGAUGCAUCAGGGAACAAUUUCACUUUAAAAGUGGGUCCCAAUUGGCACCCUAUUUUUCAGGUUAGCGAAUUGGGAAUGAACUCGUGGCAGUUAGGUCCCAGCUUUCCCUCAUGGAUUCACUCACAAAAGUAUCUUAAUUAUUUGGAUUUGUCAAACGCAGGGAUUUCAGAUUCUAUCCCCUCUUGGUUUUGGGAAACAAUUUCUUUUGUUAGUGAUCUUAACCUAUCUCACAAUCAUAUCCAUGGUGAGCUACCAAAUAUUUUAAAGAAUCCAAUAUCUAUCGAAUCUGUUGAUCUAAGCUCUAAUCACUUGCAUGGAAAAUUACCCCGUCUAUUUGUUGAUGUGAGUUGGUUAGAUCUUUCAAGCAAUUCAUUCUCUGGAUCCAUGAAUGAUUUCCUAUGUAAAAGCCAAGACAAGCCAAUGCCAUUACGAUUUCUCAAUCUUGCAGCAAAUAAUUUAUCAGGGGAAAUACCUGACUGUUGGAUAAUGUGGCCAGACCUUGUGGAUGUGAAUUUACAAAGCAAUCAUUUUGUUGGGAACUUACCCCCAUCUAUGGGAUCCUUAGCUUUGCUACAAUCUUUGGGCAUUCGUAACAACUCGUUAUCAGGAAUGUUUCCUGCCACUUUGAAGAACACUAGUAAGUUAAUUUCCUUGGACCUUGGGGAAAAUAGUCUUACUGGAAUUAUUCCAGCAUGGGUUGGAGAAAGGCUCUUAAAUUUGAAAAUUCUUCGCCUUCGAUCAAACAGAUUUUUGGGUCAUAUUCCUAAUCAAAUAUGUGAUAUGAAUUUUCUUCGGGAUUUGGACCUUGCACUAAAUAGUUUGUCUGGAAAUAUACCGAAAUGUUUCAACCACUUGAAUGCCAUGUUGCUAAAGAACAAAACUAUGAAUUCAUUUAUCUAUACCAAUGCAUCUGACUGGGGGAUAGAAUUCAGUUCAAUAAGCACACUCAUAUGGGUGAAAGGAAGAGGUAUAGAGUACAGAAAUCUUCUUGGCUUGUUAACAAAUAUUGAUAUUUCUAACAAUAAUUUAUCUGGAGGGAUACCCAGAGAAAUUACAAAUCUAGAUGGAUUGAUUUAUUUGAACUUGUCCAAGAAUCAAUUUACUGGCCAAAUUCCACCAAGUAUUGGCAAUAUGAGAUCAUUAGAAUCUAUUGAUUUCUCAAGGAAUCGACUUUCCGAAGAUAUCCCUCCAUCCUUGUCAAACUUGAGCUUUCUCAGCAAGCUAGACUUGUCUUAUAAUCUUUUGAAGGGAAAAAUUCCAACAGGCACUCAAUUGCAAAGCUUUGAAGCAUCCAACUUUAUUGGCAACGAUCUAUGCGGCCCACCACUUCCUGUCAACUGUAGUUCCAACGUGCAAAUUCCUAAUGACAAUCACAAUGGAAAAAAAAGUGAUGACCAUGAAAUGAAUUGGUUUUUUGUGAGUAUGGCAUUGGGAUUUAUUGUGGGAUUCUGGGUUGUGGUUGCUCCUUUGUUUAUUUAUAGAUCGUGGAGGUAUGCCUAUUUUAAUUUUCUUGAUGACAUGUGGUACAAAAUGCAAUCUUUUUUUAGGCUGUAAAAUUGUAAUGUAGUAUUACUAUUUUAUAUG